AUGCAUAAAAACAGACAAUGUUUAAAAUUUUUGCAAUAUUUUUCAGCUGAACUUCACAAGCAAGCCACUGUUGACUGUGAUUUCGACCAAAUGUUAGUUCACAUAGAAAAAUCCCUGAUACCAGAGUUUAAAAUGAGUGACGUGCGCUUAUUAGAUCCUAACUGUCAGCCAACAAAAUUCGAGAACAGCAGUCACAUGACCAUUUCUGCACCGUUGAUUGGCUGUGGUACCACGUUAGAGCAUACGAAAGACAGUCUAAUUUACAGAAAUAUGGUCAAGGAUGCUCGGGUGACUCAGUCUAUUAUCAGCCGAUUACAGGUUUGUUUUUUUUCGUUUGUUUUUAAGUUCAGAUAGUUUGACUCUUCAACUCCCAGAAGUGAUUAACAGGUAAAUUCUUCCUAUAGUACCCAUAUAUCCGCUAUGAAGCAAACAGGUAAUUAGAGUACUCAAACAUGUUAGGUAGAAGAUGUUAUCUUGAUCUAAUACCAAAGUAUUGUAAAUGAUUUACAGGGAAAUUUGUAGCAGCUAGAGGGGAGAAUUGACGAUCAGUUGUUGGGAGUUUAAAGGUUGAGUGUUUAUCGGGUACAAUUUUUGAGGGGACACCUCGCGGUAAAUUUCGUUUGAUAUUCGUUACUAAAAAACUACUUAUGAGUGUUACUAAGAUAUUAUGUGCAUGUAAUGCUGAUAACUGUUGUAUUAUCUCUAGUAGAACUACAUUUCACAAAAAAUACUACUUUUCACGAUCUUAUCUUGUACUUGGUUAAUUCGUUUCCAUUUCCUUAUUAUCUUUUUUCUCAGGACUUAGAGAUUCCAUUUGAGUGUACUUAUCCAAACCAGGCUGAAGCCUCACUGAUUCAGAUGAACAUCACAAACGCCAAAGUCAUUUUCCUGGCACCUGACGAUGGUUCUGGAAUGUUUGAUCUGGAUCUGAAUAUUUAUAAGGUACGGAUGAAAGGACAAGGAGAUUAUGUGGUGCGAAGGGAUGCACUGAUAUAUCAGAGUGCAUGAGCAUUCACUGUCAACUUGUAUUCGCAGUGAUAAUGUGCCUAAAAAACAUUACGCGCUUCUGAUUGGCUGAAAACGAGUGCAUUCUCAUGUAAUACGAGUGCAAAGUUGUAACGUGAGUUCAAGUUACAAAUAGCGUCUUUACUUUUUGUGCGAUGUUUUUCAUGUACAUUAUUAACAAGACAUUGCUUGCAAUUUGGUGCCCUACGGGCUCGUGAAAUUUUGUUGUCUUUGAAAAAUUUACUCGUCUUAUUUAAACCAAACUGGACUCGAAAUCAUGUUAUUAUCUAAUUACCUAUACACAGUACAUUAGCUACUACAACGCGAAGCUAAUAUCAAUGCGACUAAAUUAUGUUGUUGUGUGUGGAGUAUUCCAAGGAUCGCCCCUCGUUGACAGUCAAUGUUCCAUACUCUCUCCUUUAUACUUUGUUAGCGACGACUGCUCCUCCUUCGUUACCCCUAAAUACCGUGUGAUCCCCCAAAAAUCAUCCGACUCCCUUCCAUGCGAUAAUUUAAGACUAGCCCCUGUUCCUCCAUCAUUGUAGUGUACUCUCUUCACUCUACCUUUGAUUUCAUCCAAUCCUUAGUAACACCUCUGAUGAUAGCGUUUUUACGUGCUUUGUUUCACAAUGCAGAGCGUAGACUAUGAUGAAGAGUACAGUAGUUUUCCACUGGCGGUUACACUGCAACAGCGACUUUACUUACAAGUAUCAGUAGACACGCCUGACACGCGGUUGGGUAUCGUCGCAGACACGUGCUACGCCACGCCUAUAAACAGUAUUUCUAAGAAAAUCAAGUAUGACAUCAUCGUUGACGGGUAAGUAUCAAUGAUUGUUGCUGCCCAUCAAUCGACUAUUGGUUCAUACGUCAGCGUGCGUUCAUCGAGAUAUGAGGCACGCGGGAAGUUUGGAGAGCACGAAAGAUGCGUAAGAGUUGCUCGAGGCGUAGCCGAGAGCAAGUCUAGCUUCUUGGGUACUCUCUAAACUUCCCGCGUGCUUUAUAUCUCGGUAAACGCACAGCUGACGUAUGAACCAACUGUUUUUUAACAUUUUCAACCCGAUGGUUUAAAUGUUGUAAAAGGGUUAAUAUUCCCUCUGCUACGCUUGAGCGCGUUGAUAAUUUUGUUUCAGGAAAACAUUUCGCUACGCUGUAAACGAUCUUGUCUUAGAUUGGUCAAAAAACUGACUGGUGAAUUCAUGCGUGUAAAUGAACUUUAUUUUCUGAUUGAAUACAAAAUUCUCUUAUCCAAAAGAAAAACAAAGAUACUAUUUCAUUGGCUGACGUCAUGAGCGUGCACAAUAGGAAUAUAAAGCACGCUCACGCAAUUGAAUUUGAUUAGACAAAUUUACUAGCUAUGUUAUAAACCAAUUUGAAUGAUAGAUCCCUGAACAAUUAAGUAUGUAAGAAUUCCAAAGGGUCAAUUAUGUGGGCUUUGGUUGAUUACCAAACCUCCCUCUUCUCUCUGGGCAAGCGGACUCAGUUGUGCUGAAGUGGGGGUGAGGGGCAAAAAGCUGUUAUAUCUGAGGCUAUCAAUGGAGUGUUUCUUGAAUUUAUCAUUCCUGUGUGCCGUUAGAGUAGAUUUCAAUUGAGUGCUGACAAUAAUUGGUUUCGCUUUAUUUCGCAUUGUGAUUGGUCCAGAAACCAUGCGCCACUGUGUCAACCAAUCAGAUGCAAAACUAAAACUGAUCACGACUUGGUCGCCCAUAUUUUCCCGUGCUUUAGGCAGUUUGUUUGGUUUUACUUUGAGUUCUCAUUGGCUCUUUAAGUUAUUUUCCUUUGUUCUGAUUGGUUGUUGUGAUUUUUUUGGUGUAGAUUUUACAACACUCUGUCGAGAAGCGCUCUAUUGCGACUUUCGGCUCUGAUACACUAUUUUUUACAAUUAAGGUGUCCAAAAGACGAGACCGUGAGAUUUCACAGCGGCCCUCCCACCACGCAACGUUUUAGCAUAGAAGCUUUUAAGUUCAUGAAUGGCCAGGUCGUGCCGUACGUUUACAUUCACUGUGAAGUCGUCCUAUGUAACCUGACAGAUGGCAAGCCCAGCUGCAUGCAGAAAUGUGACCCUCAUGUGAAUACUAGACUGAGGAGGGAGGUCAAUACAGAUUAUUACGACCUGGAGAAAGGGCCAAUAAUAAUUCUAAGGGAUCCUGAGGAUAAUUUUGAACCAGAGAAUGCGGAAGAAUUUCGAGAAAAUCAAGGUAUGAGUGACGCUAGUGAGAAAGAAAGUGAAAGGUGAACCUGGCGGGGGUUUUGGUCCAGGCAUACCUAGAGAAAAGUUGGUAGGAAUUUCCUAAAUUAAAAAAGGCAAGACGGACUCUAGUGAGAAAGAAGGUGAAAGAUUAAUUCAGCUUAAGGCCUUAUGGUCCUUUAGGUGAGGUACUGUCCAGCUUUGCGAGAGUAAAGCUACUUGGAAUGUCUUAAUUAUAUAUGGUGAAAUUGGGUUCAUGCUUGCUAAUGGCGGCGGACAAGACGUCGUGAUUACUUUAAUUUACUUCAGACUAAAAGAUUGGGCUAAAAUGUUCGACCAUAUCAAAAUUUUAUCUUUGUCUUAUUGAGAGAUAUGUUUCUUCCGUCUUUUCACGAGCGUGGGAUAAGGAAAAAAAUUCUGAGUCCCCAUGAGGUCUCCUAAUGUCUGAGGUUUGUUUCCUCAUGGGGACUCAGAAUUUUUUCUUGUCCCACGAUCGUGACAAGACGAUUAAACACAUCUUUCUCGAUUUCUUUUCCGAGUUCAAAACUUACCAUCUUUCUUAUUCUAUUUACAAAAUAUAUCGUUAUUGUUUUCCAGAUCAUGGAUCGAAAAACAUGACCAAAUGGUUGUUCGUUGUCAUGGGAUGCGUCUGUGCAAUGUGCUUUGGAGCUGUACUCCACACCAUGAAAGAAGUCAAACAGGCGAAGUAAUUAAAAGUUAAAAAUUUUAAAAGCGUUUACCUUAAAUUACUCAAUAAUGAAUGGAGAACAUGUUAAAGAAGAAGAGCACUGAAUAAAUAUACUUUUUAACAUAUGAUGGGCCGUUGGAGAAGCAAUUUCAGUUAACAUUUGAUCGAUAUAAAUGAUACACGAACUUCUGCCCGGAUUGUUUCAGCUGGAUGUGGAGAUAUGCUUUUUUCCUGUCAAGUUUACAUACAAAAAUAUAUAUUCUCAUGCUGUAGCGAGAGCGUUUAGAAAACUCAGGCCAAGUAGUGUAACAUGUACUGAAAACGAUCACUUUUCUCAAACGUCUGACGCCAGAUGAUUACGUGAUCUCUGGCUCAACGCGGGCUAAGGUCACUUUCCCCAGAGCUAAGGCAAAACAUUUACUUCAACUUUGAUCGCACUUUAGUUUAACGUGAUAUUGCUGAAAACGAUUCAAAACAGAGGGUGAACGGAAAACGUGUUAGUCUCGACGAAGUCUAAUAUAGUACUGAACUAGUCAAUCGUGUAUCGCUUCUUGUUACCUCAUGCGAGUGAAAAAUUUUCCCUAGGGAGACCAAAUAGGAUUUUUCAACCAUAUUGUUUUAUCUCUAAACAGGUAAAUACCUAUUUAUAAACCAUGCUAUCUUUCGAGUGUACCUCAAUUUUGGUAUACAAUUACUUACAAAAAUUGGCACUCCAAUAUGAUGAUAAAAAUGGCUUUAUAUUUAAAAUAAAUAAAGAUAGGGU